AUGGGACAUGAGGAGCAUGGAGGGACUUGGCACAUGGACGCAGCUCAACUGGAUACGCAAAGGAAGAAGGGAGAAGCCAUCUUGAAGACCAGCUCGACCGUCUACUCGACCAACCGGUCGAGUUCCUCAACUCGACCGGCCAAGCUUCAACUCGAUCGAGCUGAGAAGUCAAACCUCACCUUGGGAAAGGGUUGGCUAGGCAUUGAGAAGCCCAAUAUCAAGAGAAGCCUUGAUACAAGGAGUUUUAAGAGCUAG